AUGUUUUCUCGGCUGACCGGUUCUCCAGACCUACCGAACAAGACAGACCUGAUUUCCGCCCAGUCAGCUGCCAAGAUUGAACAAGCUAACGCAAAUUAUGAGGAGGAGUAUCGUCGCUGGCAGCUGGAACAGCAAAAGAAAGCCCAAGAAGCAGCUCUGCGGGCCAAGAUUGAGCGUUAUUUGGCUUCGGAAAGUGGUAAGAAGAUGCUUAGACGUAAGCAGGACGAGAUGCAAAGCGUAAUGCGAUGGACGAUACGUAUUCUGCGUGAAUUUCGGCGCAUGCGAGCGGCCUUAGAUGAGUUGGAUGAGGACUUCGACCCAGAACUCUUGCGAAAGCUGAGGGCAGUUCAGAUGCUGGAGAUGCUCCUCACGCAGCAAGCGGAUUCCGGAAACAGGUCGUGUCAAGGAAGUAGAAGUCGAAGUAGGUCGGGUAGCCGUUGUAGUAGUGGCAACGUGAGACCGUUUGCAUGCCACUGCAGCAAACGUCAACCCAUUUAUACUGGUGAAGACCCUAGAAACUACAUCACAAAAGUCCUUGUUCAGGGACCGAAUCAGCAUCCAGCCCAUGGCAGUAGAAGAGACUGUUAUGGGAGUCAUUCCAGGUGUGGCAAGGAAUGCAGAUAUCACGGUUCCUGUGAGGAACGACGAAAAAGACGAAGAAAAAAACUUUGUUGGACCCUUGUUUCUAUGCUCCAAAGUCGCGGCAUAGAUGUGCAAGCGGAGAUUGCCCGAGAUACGGCAGCGAUGGCGGAGAGUGAAAACGAAGAGCAGGGAUUCGAGGUUGAACCUAAGACUUCUCUCAGCGUCAAUGCUGAGCAGACACAAUAA